AUGGCUUCUCCUAAGAUGUUCAUGAUCAUCGCCAUUGUUGCAGUCUCUAUUCCUUCAAUUUUGGCAACUGAACAUUUGGUUGGUGACGCGACAGGUUGGAAGCCAGGCUUUGAUUACGGAGCUUGGGCCAAUGGAAAAGAAUUUCACGUAGGAGACACCCUUGUGUUUAAGUAUAGAGCUGGAGCGCACAAUGUGCUAAGAGUUAAUGGGACUGGAUUCCAAGAGUGCAAGGCAGCCGAUGAUACUGUGCCCUUGUCUAGUGGAAAUGAUGUGAUUUCACUCUCAACUCCUGGGAAGAAAUGGUACAUUUGUAGUUUUGCCAAACAUUGCGAGUCUGGGAACCAGAAACUUGCCAUUACCGUGCUGGCUCAACUGGGAUCUCCUUCAACGUCACCUUCUCCCAGUCCGACCGGCACCUCGCCAUCCGGAGCAACAGGCAGCACUGUAUCUAGAUACUAUGGCUUGAUUGUAGCCAUUGUUGGGAUGGUCAUGUUCUAA